CUGUCAGACAGAACAUAAACCUUGUUGCAUAAAUUAUCAACGUAAAAUAUAAUUAUUUCCAAAUUCGUGUGUAACGUCUUCAAGAGUUCAAGGCCUUCUGAAUCGUGUGCCUUUCUGUCCUUUUUUGGCACCAGUUAUUCCUACAUAGAAAUCGAGAUGAAUGACCUGCUUACGUGAGUACAUGAUGUAAUUUAAGACAAAUUUUGUACUGGAUGCUGUAAAGAUCGCAAUCAAUUGAGUUGCAGUGACACUUUACCCUCCAGUUGAUGAGGUGACUGUUUGAAAGGGAAAGUGUAAAAGACAAAAACAGAGUUCUGAGUUUUCAAACUUUCAAUUUAAGGGACUCGUUUGUCAGUGAGGCAAGAGCUCAGCCUUCCGGAACAAAUGAUAUCGAAAUGGGAGUUCCUCGUAGCAUGUCUGAUGCUGGAAUGGAUAGUUUCAAUAAGCAGAUUCAAGAGGUGGAGAAACAGGUGGAAAAGCUCUCCGGGCUUCUUAAAAAACUUAAGGAUGCAAAUGAGGAGUCGAAGUCUGUUACAAAAGCAUCUGCCAUGAAAGCAAUUAAGAAGCGGAUGGAAAAAGAUAUUGAUGAAGUGGGAAAGAUUGCCCGUGGUGUCAAAGGCAAACUAGAAGCAAUAAGCAAAGAUAACUUAGCCAACCGACAAAAGCCUGGGUGUGAGAAGGGAACAGGUGUCGACAGAUCAAGGAUGAACAUGACAAAUUCCUUGACGAAAAAGUUUAGGGAGAUAAUGAUCGAGUUUCAGACCCUUAGACAAAGAAUCCAAGAUGAAUAUCGUGAGGUUGUGGAGAGAAGAGUCAUCACAGUAACGGGAACUAGACCGGAUGAAGAGACAAUUGACAAUCUAAUAGAAACUGGAAAUAGUGAGCAAAUAUUCCAGAAGGCAGUCCAAGAACAGGGACGAGGACAGGUACUAAAUACUUUGGAAGAAAUUCAAGAGAGGCAUGACACUGUUAAGGAGAUUGAGAAAAAGCUUCUUGACUUGCAUCAGAUCUACCUCGAUAUGGCUGUCUUGGUUGAUGCUCAAGGAGAAAUUUUAGAUAACAUUGAAACUCAGGUUUCGAAUACAGUUGAUUAUAUGCAAUCUGGGACCACUCAACUGCAAAAUGCAAAGAAACUCCAGAAGAAUUCCAGAAAAUGGAUGUGCAUUGCCAUCAUCAUUCUUUUAAUUAUAGUAGCUGUUGUAGUUGUUGGUGUCCUCAAACCAUGGAAAAGCAGCUAGGGUUGUCUGAGUCUACCCUAAUCUUUUCACCAUGUAAUAUAGGACCAUUACUGAGUUGGUUGGGGAUUUAUAUUCACAUAUGUGAGGAUUGAAGAGUGUGUCGUAGUAAUUAGUUAUUGAUUCGUUCUUCUUCUUCCCUUUUGGCUUUUGAGUGAUUCAUUUUUGUGUGUGUAUUCUUGUGAAAGUUUGGUAUAUUGAUGGUGCCGCACAUUUGGGAGUAAAUUAUAGUAUGUGUAUAGUUGUCCUAA